GAAAUCAGCGCUGGAACAGAUGAGGGAAUGUCAAACUUGUUGCCGAUUCCCGCGGCUCGACGCAUCCGAGUCAAGGAUAAAUGAGAAAACCUUUCUGGAGCCAGAAGUAUUUGAUGGAACAGCGCGGAUCUCAUGGACAGCAUAAAAGAAAAUACUGGUUAAAUUUUGCGCUGAAUACAUUUCAUACUGUGACAACAAAAGGGAUCCUGGGCUCUCCAGUUCCUAACAGCGCGCGCACCCACCGCGGUGCAUUGAGUCUUCUCACAGGACCGAGCGCACGCACGCGCGACGUUCUCCUCAAAGGACCGUCGAAUUAAUGCAUUUAUCUACUCUUUUUGAAUUCAUGGUCGUUGCUCUAAGGAUAUACAAAGAGGAGUUCGCGUUUUUACGCUAAUGCUGGAAUUGAGUGACAAACUAACAAAAGGAAUUUAAAUCCAGUGGACUGAAAAUGAACUCUAAUUAUAACAGUGCUGGAUUUCAUAUGAAAGGGCCGUCUGUAGCUGUGGAGCCGAUGAUGGGUCCACUAAAUGAAUCCCCCAUACAGGGACUCAACUUUGUCUCAAAUAGAGACCAGUAUGGAUUCCAGACUCAUGGCCAUGGGGAUAUGCUCGCUAUGGGAGUUCAGCCACAACAUCAACUCCACAUGCAAGGACCGUUCAACCAUCAACCUCCUAACCACGACCAGCAUUCACAUCUGUACCAGGACAACGUCCCCGCUUGCCUGCAUGGGGACAGACACAUGGGCUUCAAUAACAACAACGCAGGUCACCCGCAUAUGUUUGAAGGAGGAUUCGGUCAGCAGCUUGCAGAGGUGCAGUCGCGAGAAUGCAUUUCACAGCAGCAGCAGCAACAGAGAAUGGCCACUAUGCCUGAGUUUCAACCGCACGGCCAUCCUAACGGUAACCACGCCGUUCCAGCACCAUGUCUUCCACUAGACCAGUCACCAAACCGCGCCGCGUCUUUCCAAGGCCUGCCAUCCUCAUCCCCUGAAACCCACAGACUUGAACAUUACAGGCUUUUCCCACAAGGCAGGAUGGGGGGAUCAGAGCACUGUUUUCCCUGUGAUCCUCUGACGGGGAAUUUUGAUAUGACAGGAUUCUCCACCGCGGACUCUUCAGAGCACAAACUGCCCUAUUGUGAAACGGGGAACCAAGUGGUCGGGGGUCAUUUUUCCACUUGUAAUCGAAGUGGUUCCCGAGGGCCCAUGUUGGGCGGCUCUAAAGUCGACCAGCAGCUACCUCAGCAAAAUGUGUUUUCAGACCGAUUCGGGAACCGGGGGAAAAUGGAUCCGGGGGUUAACGCUAGACACCACCUCAUGCCGCAGCAAAGGCCGGGACCUGUUGCAAGGCAGAACCCCAGUUCUCCUGCCCUUCCGCGGUUUUAUCACACUCCGGACUAUGUAGCAAACAAUACGGACGUUCAAGGUGGUGGUCCGAUGGUCCACGUUCAACACGGCCACCUGGACCGGCCCAUACAUAGACUGAACAAUCAUAACAUGCAUCCCUUCGGGGAACCGGUGUUUGAUGUCCCCCAGCUAGCCCCUCAGCCCCCACAUCACCCUCACCUCAGCUCACUUCCUUAUUUGAAUAUGGCAAAAAGACCACGGUUUGAUCUCCCGAACGGCUCUGCUGGAGAGAGCUGCAGCCCCCUAAGCAACAACUUACAUAAUCGGCCCAAUCUUGAAAACCACCUCUCCCCCUCGGCUUUCCCAUCUCCUAUGGGGGACUUUACAUCUCAUGUGACUGAUGGGUUUCCAUCAGGCCCUGUACCCUUGAGCUCUGGUCCACAGCAACAACAACAGCAGCGGCAACAGAACGCGGCGAUGAUGAUCAAACAAAUGGCAUCGAGGAGCCAGCAGCAGAGAAUGAGACAACCCGACCUGCAACAGUUAAGUCUCCACGGGGACGUCACAUCAAACGGCAUGGUCUGCCGAGGCCCUCUGGGUAGUGUUUCACAGUCCAAUUUCGAGAAGAAGCAUAAUUUUCAUGGAAACUUUGACAGCCCCCACCUACCUCAAGAAAACUCAUGGUUUCCUGAGCCGCAGCAGCAUUGUAGAGAAACAAACGCGCAUGCCUUGGAGCAGGCAGAGAAUGGACACAACAUUAUUUUUAGGCAAGGCGUCACAAGCAUGGACAUGCAGUCUUUGAAUUCUCCGGGAGCGCAUCAUCCAUUCGAAAAUAAUGUCAGCAAUCCUCUGCAGAUGCAGUCUCCCGAUGAGAGCAACAUGCAGUCAGGCGCACCCACAGACAGGAGGCCGGCUGAAUUCGGAGGAAUGGCGAUGAGGAGGCAGCACAGCUUCCCUCCUGGAGGGCCGAGUCAACAGGGAGCCCCCCAGAGCAAUCCUCCAGGAUUUAGCUCCUCUCCAGGGAACUACCCCCCCCAUCCCGAGUACCUCUCCAGCCAGCACCUGUCAGUCAAUAAGCUUGGGGCCCUCUCUUUGGGGAAUUUGAACAAAGCCAGUACAAAAGACAGUGUGUUUGGCCAAAGCUGUCUGGCAGCUCUCUCCACGGCCUGCCAGAAUAUGAUCGCCAGCCUUGGGGCCCCGAACCUCAAUGUGACUUUUAAUAAGAAAAGUCAAAAUGAGGCCAAACGCAAAGCAGGUCAGGUUGAGCAGGACAUAAAUAGCAGUGGCAGUAGCGGCCCAGGGGCAGAGUAUUUCCAGAGCAACGCUUCUCAGAAUAGUCAAACGCCUUGCUCUGGGAAUAACAACAAUAUGACGGCAGGUCAAAGUGGUACAGGCCAGAUGGCGAAAAGGGAAGCAAGCACCCUUUCCCCGAAUGACAACAUGGAGUCUGGAUGCGAGGGGAAAAUGGCAACAAGCAACGGCAAGGGAAGGGGGAAGAAGAGACGCGACAGCGGGCACAUCAGUCCUGGAAACUUCUCUCCUCCGUGCGGUGGUAACCCCGUCGUCAGUCCGAGUCAACAGGGUUCUGCUUUAAAUGUUGGAAUGGAGGGCCGAGGUAAGACCCCGGAGAGGUCCCUGGUCUCCCCUUCUUUUGGAAAGCCUGACCUCACCACCUCGAUGGACAGUGGAAUUCAAAGCGUGGGCAAGUCUGAUGGCGUUUCGCCGUGCAUGGAUUAUUUAGACGAAGCCAGCCCCAACUACAGCACAGAGGACCCGAGGCCUUGCAGAGCUGGCAUGAAGUGUAAUUCUGAAAACAGGGCUGGCUACAGUGACAAUCCGUGCAUGGAACAGGUGCGGACACCAUUGAGCAACACAGGCCAGGAUGAGGUUCAUCCUCUGGAGAUUUUGCAGGCUCAGAUUCAGCUGCAAAGACAGCAGUUCAGCAUCUCCGAGGACCAGCCGAUGGGAGGGAAGACGAGCAAAAAGGCCGACUGCCAGGCCGGUCUGAAUGGAGAGUGCGCCCUGGCCAGUUCUAGCCCGGUCGCAGGCAAGGGAUCUGUGAAUACCAUUGACCUUGACUCUCUCAUGACAGAGCAGCAUGCCACCUGGUAUGUCCCAGGCAACAAGACUCUGAUAGAGGACUCCAGUAAUGACAAGUGCCUGGGAUACUGGGAUCGAGCACGGGGCCAGAGUGACAACAAAGAAGGUAAACUUCAUUGA